AUGGAUACACCGACACCAAGCAAUGGUACAUUCAAUAAGGAAUAUCUAUCUCCUUCCAGAGACGCACAAAACUUAUCCUUUCGAAAAAAUUUUAACGAGAGUACUCGAGGGUCUCGUCAACUUUGGUGGUCACCUAAACCAAGUACAGUAGAAAUACCUAGUGAUAGUGUGAUAGUGAAAGAUGCAAAACCAAAAGUAGACUCGAUGAGUAACAUUAGUCAUCGACCACGUGGUGGGCAAGUAGCACUACGGAGUGAACCUGUUAAAUGGCAAACAUCGUCAAAAGUUAAUUCUCUAUCAAAUAUACAUUGGACACCGCCGGUGCCUCAAGUCAACAUUCAACAAGAAAGAUUAAAUUGGAAGGCUCAACCGAAAGUUAAUUCACUGGACAACGUCCAUCACAAACCCAUUGAUAGAAGCGUGGAAAUUUAUCAUGAAAAACUUGACUUUACCCAUGUUACACCGCGUGUAGAUUGUGGUUUUUCAAAUUGA